AUGUCUGGGACUGGCGCAAAACCCAGGACACAGACGACUCUGACGAGCAAAGGUAAAAUGACAAUCACACGACAUGCCCAACCUGUCGAAGCAGAAGCACAACCACAAGAACGGAAAAGGACGAGGGCGGCUGGAUCGGCGGAGAUAGAGGGGAACAAUCAGGAGAUUAGCGAUGCCGAAAAGGGCAAGAUAUACCUCGAAGAGACGCUCACAUUCGUACCAGCAGGCGUGACGCCCACUUUGGACGCACUCUCGACAGCCCUCUUCCAGAUAGCGGCUAUGCAGGGUAUCGGACGCCCAGCAGUCAACGCGGUCCGCGCAGUCGCAUAUCUGUUGAAGGAAAUCGAGCUGGAAGAAGUAACAAAGACCAUCAGAAACAUCGCCAAUACGCAGUUCGGCGAGAUGGCGAGCGACCUGAAAGAGUACACGGAAGGUCUGAAGGAGAAGGUGGCGGAGGAGCUGGAGAAGAGAACGGAGGCGCUGGAGAAGAAAACAGGGGAGUUAGUGGAGGUAAUGGAAAAGGCGGCACAACAGGCAGGAAGUAUUGGGGGCUCAACUUACAGGGACGCACUAACUAGGUCGGCAUCUGGAGCACCGCCAGAUACCAAUCCCAGGCUGGCGGCGAAGGAGAGCAUCCGACAGCGACAGGCCCUCAUCGACUUACCCAGGGACUCAAAGCUCAGAGACUGCGCCAACACGGUUCUUGUAGGCAAGUUCUCAGAAGCGAUGGGAAAGGCAACGGGCCAGAAACACAAAAUGAGAUCGGCGUUGAAGCUUCAGAACGGUGGGAUACUGGUGGAAAUGGUCACGGACGAUGGCACAGUGUGGCUGGCUUCCAAGGCGAACGCAGAGGCCUUCCUGCGGGAGCUGGGGGAGUCAGAGGCCUCUUUCAAGACGAGGGCAUACAACGUCAUUGCCUACUACGUGCCAUUGAGCCUGGACCCCAGCAGCGAGAAGGACAGGAAGGAGAUUGAAGAAACUAACGGAAUCCCAACAGGUGUACUGACGAAGAUUAGGUGGAUCAAGCCCCCGAUGCGGAGGCGUCCCGACCAGCGCCUCGCCCAUGUCAUCAUCACCUUCUCGGACGCGGACACAGCAAACAGGGCAAUAGUCAAUGGCCUGUCGAUUUGCCACAAGAGAGUCUCGGUAGCGAAGUGCAGGAAGGAGCCUAUUCGAUGCCUCAAAUGCCAGGGAUGGGACCAUAUCGUUGCGGAGUGUGUGGUCACAAAGGAGGUAAAUGUAUGCGGUACUUGCGGGGCAAGGGACCACUGGACCAGCAAGUGCAACCAACAAGGGGUCACUUACUGUACGUCGUGCAAAUCGGACGACCACACCAGCUGGGACCGCGGAUGCCCGACUUUCCUCAGGAAGGUCGACGAACUCAACGCAAGGGACCCAGCAAACGACAUUCCCUUCUUCCCGGCAAGAGAGACAUGGACAUGGUCUCAAUCCUACCCUUCGCAAGGCCGACGAGUCCCACCGGCGGAGAUACAGGUAAACUAUGCUCAGACAGGCUCACAGAAAAGUAGAUACAGGCAAACACAGCUAAACUUCGACUCAGUGGCUCCAGGUGGGAGACCGUACACCAGGGAAACGCGGAUGCGUCAAUGA